AUGGUUGGAACUGCUGGCGAAGUUUGUGACGUUUGCAUCUUGGCCACACUUCCGACCAUAAUAGGUUUAGAGCCAGCGCCUAACGAUCAGCAUUUCAUCAAUAUGGGUGCCCUAUUCUCCACCCACUGGGAAAUUCGACAUUGGGUGAAGUGGUCACAAAAAGGGCCAAUGACAGCGGAUACAGAAGCAGGGGCCAUUGUCGCUGAGAUUGACGAUGGAAUUGUAUACUUCCUUACCCUAGACAAUCCCAGAAGAGAACAAUUCGAAGAGACAGCCGGCCACAUCAUGGCAGAUGGACUGCAAAGGUCGAAAAGGCAAUCUUCUAGCAGCAAUUGGAAUUCCCAGCCCAUGUCGACAUUGAAAUAUGAGCAGUACUCUAGACCAGAAGGGACAAAUCUAUUCUUACUGUAUGCCUAUGGCAUGAAAACGCUGUUAUUGUUCAAGAAGCAUACCGUAACAACCGUAUGCUCUUUGCUCGUAAAAGGGCCCGAGUUGAAAUUCCAACGGCUAAAUCCUUUGCGAGGGAUGACCUUGGCCCAAAAGCAACGAACUGGGAACACACAAGCUGCGGUGAUAGGCAGUGAUAGUCCAGGAGCCCUUGGGGUCGAAGGGGCCUACAGCGAAGGACGUCUUUGCCAAAGUGCCAUCAACUGGGGACUGUUCAAGAAAGUCACCAUUAUUUUCUUGAGCGUGCCUCGACUGCGGGGAAGGGGAUUGUCGGGUGAAACAUGGUCAAAACUUACGCAAGUUGGCAAACAGUCACACGCGGCCGGUUCGGUUCUUGCUAUCCUCGAGUUCCGGCUCAUUAAUCUCCCAAGGUUGAGGAUGGUUGUUGAUAUUACAGGACAUGCCCGUGAAUUAUUUAGCCCUGACCUGGUCCUCGCAGCGGUAGCAAUGCGGAGAGUCAUGGCUUCGCUAUUUGCGGAGUAUCAUGAGCUAUACUCCCUAGAAGUCAACAGUGGCGAGUCGCGGAGAUAUUGA